UGGCGAGAUGGGGAAGAUGGCGGCGGCGCUGGGCUCUGUGGCUACGCUGGCGACGGAGCCAGGGGAGGACGCCUUUCGGAAGCUUUUCCGCUUCUACCGGCAGAGCCGCCCCGGGACCGCUGACCUGGGAGGGGUCAUCGACUUCUCGGCGGACCACGCAGCCCACGGCACGGGGCCCGGUGCUCACAAGGUGGUCAGAUCUCAGCUAAGUGUGUCUUCAGUCAGUGACCACAAUGCACAGAGAGCAGGACUUCAGCCAGUCAGCAAGUGGCGAGCUUAUGGACUUGAAGACUAUCCUGGAUUUAUUUUCAUCCCAAAUCCCUUCCUCCCAGGUUACCAGUGGCACUGGGUGAAGCAGUGCCUUAAGUUAUAUUCCCAGAAACCUAAUGUAUGUAACCUGGACAAACACAUGACUAAAGAAGAGACCCAAGAUCUCUGGGAACAGAGCAAAGAGUUUCUAAGAUAUAAAGAAGUGGAUAAACGGAGACCACGAAGCUUACUAGAGAAACUGCGAUGGGUGACCCUAGGCUACCAUUAUAACUGGGACAGUAAGAAAUACUCAGCAGAUCAUUAUACACCUUUCCCUUCUGACCUGGCUUUCCUCUCAGAGCAAGUAGCUGCUGCCUGUGGAUUUCAGGGUUUCCGAGCCGAAGCAGGUAUCCUGAAUUACUACCGAUUAGAUUCUACGCUGGGCAUUCACGUAGAUAAGUCUGAACUUGAUCACUCCAAACCCCUGCUGUCAUUCAGCUUCGGACAGUCGGCCAUCUUUCUCUUGGGUGGCCUCAAAAGAGAUGAAGCCCCCACAGCCAUGUUUAUGCACAGUGGUGACAUCAUGGUAAUGUCAGGUUUCAGUCGCCUGUUGAACCAUGCAGUUCCAAAGGUCCUUCCAAGUUCCAAGGGAGAAAGCCUGCCUUGCUGCCUGGAAACACCUCCCCCAGCCGUGGUCCCAAGAGAAUCGGUGGUGGAGUGCUGUUCCGUGGAGGACUGGCAGGUGUGUGCCAGCUACUUGAAAACUGCUCGUGUUAACAUGACUGUCCGGCAGGUGCUGGCCACGGACCAGGACUUCCCCUUGGAAUCCACGGAGGAGAGUAAAAGAGACAUCACCACUGAAGGUUUCUGCCACCUGGAUGACGAGAAGAGCCGAGUGAAACGAGCUAGGUUAAACCCUGACAGCUGAGGCUUGGAGAGCCCGUUCCUUUCACUUAGGCAGGCCUUACAGUAAAUGACCAUGCUGUUUCAUAUUGCUGUUGACUUGAGCACCAAGAGAAGCCACAAACAGAGACAGGGAAAGACUCAUCAUUGAUCACACUGUUGCCUUGGAACCCAUUCGGAAAAGUAAACUGGAAAAGAGUAAACUGACUUAUCACAUACAUUAAUGCCUGACCAGGGCUGGACCAGACAAGUGUUUGACAUGGUCCAGUCCUGCUUAGGUAGUAUUGCACGUGAGAAAUCCAAGGACAUGUAACGUUCUGCAACAGCCUUCUCAGCCUCUGCCAUUACCUCUGUGGGAAGUAGAGUGAGUUUCCAUGUCUAUACCUCAGAUUUUAUUAAUGGGAAACAUGAUAGCCCUCCCACCACCCUGUCUAGUGACUUCGUGAUAAAAUUGCAGUUCCAUGAACCAACCAUUAGUCUCACUUAUUCAUUCUUCCAAUUAACAUCAAAUCUUUUGAUCUUCCAUCCUUCCUGGCCUUCCCAGAAGAAUCCUAUAACCAUUAUGACAACAGAAAUAGAAAUCUCACCCCUAGAAAAGAACUUAAUCACAGCCAUGUCUCUUUCCUAAAAGGUAAAUAUUUAUAAGCCCAAGAAGAGGGAGUAGCUUCUCCAGAUACCUUUUAGGUCCCCAAACUAUUGGCUUUUUAAUGCAGUUUUAACUGUUGGACUAAAAAUGUCCCAGGAAUGUUCUGUAACUGUUUUCUCCAUGAAUAAACUUACUUGACUUUAAAUUAAAGAUCUGUAUCUGUCUUUGAGGGUUAAUGUAUCUGGGAGUGGUUUUUUUCCUAUUCCUGCUUACUGUAGUAUUCUUGCUUUUUAUCCUCUAGCCAGUGCUACCCUGCACCAUGCUGCUCUGCCCUAAGUAUUCUUUGUGGCUGUCUCAGAGGAGAGAACAUUCUU